GAUAAGGUUAGAGGCAAGCCGCCUUUGAAGGGCUCUCUAAAGAUCAACUGCAUCCUGUUGCAUUCCCGGCUGUUUCUCUCCUUCGGUUGCACUGAGGGGUGAUGCCCAAGACGCAUCACUUUUCAGAACUGGACCAUGAACAACCUCAUCCUUCUGGAAGAACAGCUGAUCAAAAAAUCCCAGCAGAAGAGAAGGACUUCUCCCUCUAAUUUUAAAGUUCGCGUCUUUGUCUUAACGAAAGCCAGCCUAGCGUACUUCGAGGAUCGCCAUGGGAAGAAGCGCACGUUGAAGGGCUCCAUCGAACUCUCCAGGAUCAAGUGUGUGGAGAUUGUCAAGAGUGACGUCAGCAUCCCAUGCCACUAUAAAUACCCUUUUCAGGUCGUGCAUGACAACUACCUCCUGUAUGUGUUUGCUCCAGACUGCGAGAGCCGGCAGCGCUGGGUGCUGACCCUCAAGGAAGAAACAAGGAAUAACAACAGCCUGGUAUCCAAGUAUCACCCUAAUUUCUGGAUGGAUGGGCGCUGGAGGUGCUGUUCCCAGCUAGAGAAGCUUGCAGUAGGCUGUGCCCCUUAUGACCCAACCAAGAAUGCUUCAAAGAAGCCUCUUCCUCCUACCCCUGAAGACAACAGGCGGUCACUGCAGGAACCCGAGGAAACCCUGGUCAUUGCCUUGUACGACUACCAAACCAAUGAUCCUCAGGAGCUUGCACUGCAGUGCGAUGAAGAGUACUACCUGCUGGACAGCUCCGAGAUCCACUGGUGGAGGGUUCAAGACAAGAAUGGGCAUGAAGGAUAUGCACCAAGCAGUUACCUGGUAGAAAAAUCUCCAAACAACCUUGAAACCUAUGAGUGGUACAAUAAAAGCAUCAGCCGUGACAAAGCUGAAAGACUUCUUUUGGACACGGGUAAAGAAGGAGCGUUCAUGGUGCGAGAUUCCAGGACACCUGGGACAUACACAGUCUCUGUUUUCACCAAGGCCAUCAUAAGUGAGAACAACCCCUGUAUAAAACAUUAUCACAUCAAAGAAACAAACGACAGCCCCAAGCGGUACUACGUGGCUGAGAAGUAUGUGUUUGACUCCAUCCCUCUCCUCAUCAAGUAUCACCAGUACAACGGAGGAGGUUUGGUCACUCGACUCAGGUAUCCAGUUUGUUCCUGGAGGCAGAAAGCCCCUGUCACAGCAGGGCUGAGAUAUGGGAAGUGGGUGAUCCACCCCUCAGAGCUGACUUUCGUGCAGGAGAUUGGCAGUGGGCAAUUUGGGCUGGUGCAUCUUGGCUGCUGGCUCAACAAGAGCAAGGUGGCCAUCAAGACCAUUCAGGAAGGGGCGAUGUCGGAAGAAGACUUUAUCGAGGAGGCAGAAGUCAUGAUGAAACUCUCUCACCCAAAACUGGUACAGCUGUAUGGGGUGUGCCUGGAGCAAGCCCCCAUCUGCCUGGUGUUUGAGUUCAUGGAGCAUGGCUGCCUGUCAGAUUACCUGCGAAAUCAGCGGGGGCUCUUUGCUGCAGAGACCCUGCUGGGCAUGUGCCUGGAUGUGUGUGAGGGCAUGGCCUACCUGGAAAAGGCGUGUGUCAUCCACAGAGACCUGGCCGCCAGAAACUGUUUGGUGGGAGAAAAUCAGGUCAUCAAGGUGUCCGACUUUGGGAUGACGAGGUUUGUCCUUGAUGAUCAGUAUACCAGCUCCACGGGCACCAAAUUCCCAGUGAAGUGGGCAUCCCCAGAAGUGUUCUCUUUCAGUCGCUAUAGCAGCAAGUCAGAUGUGUGGUCAUUUGGUGUGCUGAUGUGGGAAGUCUUCAGUGAAGGCAAAAUCCCAUAUGAAAACCGAAGCAACUCGGAGGUCGUGGAAGACAUCAGCACUGGCUUUCGGUUAUACAAGCCCCGCCUGGCCUCCUCUCAUGUCUACCAGAUCAUGAAUCAUUGCUGGAAGGAGAAACCAGAAGACCGGCCACCCUUCUCCCAGCUGUUAAGUCACCUGGCUGAAAUCGCAGAAUCUGGACUUUAGCAGGGACUCAUUGACCAGCCACAGCCGUGGAUCCUGAGUGAAGGAAAAAUUACCUUUUUCCAGAGCAUUAAAAGCUGCCACCAGCGCAGGACCACCAGAGGUGCCUGGACCUUGGUGCCAGCUCCUAUGCAGCUCCGACUGCAGCAUCCUAGAUGAGGCUGGAUGGCCAGCCACGGAGCCAACAGCUAGGCCACAACUGUAGCAGUGUCUCUGUGUCUACCCCACCCUAGCCUCUUGUCAUAUGCUGUCCUCAAAGCCCCAUCGCCUGCUCUUAGAAGCGUUUCUUCCCUUUCUUAGCAGUAGGGAGAAGCAGAUGUGGGCCACAUUCUUCUUUUUAUUAUUAUUUUAAACAUAGGUCGAAUGUUCAAGGGACCUUUUAUUUGACCCAAUGGCACAAUAUCCCCAUUUGUGCAUGGAAGAAUUGGAAGAUUCAUUCUUUUUCUAAGAAAUACAAGAGGUGAUUAAGCCAGAGUGUUCUACUGCUGUGAGGCUGUCAGCCACAGCUUCCUGCCACACAUGAGGUGGAGUGGCUGCUUGUGCCAGAGACCGGAUGUCAUGAGGUUUCAGAGCACACUGCCACCUCUCUUUAAUGGAGCAUAGUAAGCUUCAUUGGGUUGGUAGAGUGGGAUGGCCUAUUCAAACCCCGUGGCUGGACCAUUGGGUGUCUGAGGUUGGUCAGAAAUGAGAAGGACUUUGAUGGUGGGUUAUCAACAGGUACAAAACAAGGCUUUGGGUCGUCACUGAUUCAAUGACCCUGUUUUGUAGUGAACCACGUGGAUGACUACAUCUCCUGUUCUGUGCAGAACGCUGAGGCAAUGACUCCAGAAUGUUCAUCGUCCCAGCCUCUCAGGAGUGGCAUAUACUCUGCACUGCCCAUCUGAGCCAACAGAGGGUAGCAUUGUGCUGGUCCGUGUGGCCUUGAAACUUUGGGGUUCUCUUAGGCCUUUGGGGUCUAGCAGUUUUAAGGUUGAGAUGUCAAGACACUCAAGAUCUUAGCAAAAGAAGGAGUUUGCUCUUGCCCAGACUAUCUGGAAGGAAAUAGAAUCAAGCACUGGGAGGUACUUCCAAACAGCUCACGAUGUCUACUGUGGAUUGGCACUUACACAGGUGACAUGAAUAUAUCCUGGGUACAAGCCAUUCCUGGAGAAUCACAGUUCAUACCAACCCAACAACACAGUAUUAUUGGUGUUUACAGAAAGUGGACUUGGUCUUUGAAAAGGCAGACAGUUGCCCUGAAUGACAGACCUGGGAAGGACAGAGAUUGAAAUACCAUUCAAACAUAACACCAGUGCAGCCUCUUAUUUCAACACUGCCUCCUACUGAGAAUGGAUUGCUGAGCAGGUUAGUACAAGAGUCCUUAAGCAGUACAGCACCAGCCAGUGAUGU